GGUAACUUGUUUUGCAGGAUGACUCGUAUCAACACGAUACAAACAGGCAGGGUGCAACCCGCAAUAGUACGGACUUGUCGGGUUCUUCUAGAAAUCGUUAUGGUCUUCAUCAUGAGUCUGGAGCUAUUGGUGGCCUACAAUAUGAUAGCAAAGCACCUCACCUGCCAGGCAAUCCGAAUAAUGAGUCGACACAUACAUAUGCAUCAAUUAUAGGGUCAUCACUUUCAAGAAGUGCAUCUCCUGACCCUGAGCUCGUGAGGAGAGUUCCUAGUCCUUGCCUUCCCCCGAUUGGUGUGAAACUUGGUGCUACCAAUAACCAGAACAAUGGUGGUUCAUCUUCUUUCAACCGCAACUCUCCCAGUAUUGGUGGAUCUGAUGAUCUGGUGUCUGCUUUAUCUGGUAUGAACCUGUCGUCAUCAAGGCUAGUCAAUGGACAUGCUGACCAAUCCAAGCUCCAUCAGGAUGUAGAUAGUGUCCGUAAAUUUCUCUAUGAACAAUACAUGGACCACAAACAUGGUAAUGGACAGCACUCCUACAUGAAACAUUCUGAACAAGGUCAUGUCAAGGGACCUCAAGAAUAUUCUGGAGCUUCUAUGAAUUCUUCUAUUAUGAGGAAUCAGAUCAAUGCUGGUGGAUUCACAUCAUUUGACAACUCAUCCCUGGGAUCCGGCUUUUCUUCCCCAAGGAUUGGUUCCCGGUCACCCGGUGGGAGUUUAUCUUCCCGACAUAAUCUAGCUAACCUUGCAAACUACAGUGGAAUUGGAAGUCCAACUGCGACAUCUGGUCAUCAGUUGCCUGUUGAUCCACUCUAUGCUCAAUUUCUUCGGGCAGCAGAAAUUGCUGCUUUUGCAGCCAACUGUGAGGACCCAUUGAUGGAGAGGGGUAACCUGGGAAGUUCUUACAUGGAUCUAUUUGGUCAUCAGAAUGAUUAUCUUGGUCCAUUGCUUCAGUCACAGAAGCAGUAUGACUACUAUGGGAAUCUUGGGUCUGGUCUUGGUUAUGCUGGGAACUCUUUGACAAAUCCUGUCUUCCCCACUUCGCCAGGUGGACCUGGUAGUCCACUUAGGCAUGUGGAUCGCAGCAUGCGCUUUCAGUCCAGUAUGAGAAACUUUGGUGGUUCCUAUGGCUCCUGGAAUUCAGAUUUUGGUGGUAAGGUGAAUGCCAAUUUGGUUCCAUCACUUCUGGAAGAAUUCAAGAGCAACAAAAGCCGAUCAUAUGAGCUCUGUGAAAUUGCUGGCCAUGUUGUUGAGUUCAGUGCUGAUCAAUACGGGAGUCGGUUCAUACAGCAAAAGCUUGAAACUGCCAGCGUUGAAGAAAAAGACAUGGUUUUCACUGAAAUCAUGCCUCAAGCUCUCACAUUGAUGACUGAUGUUUUUGGAAAUUAUGUUGUUCAGAAGUUUUUUGAGCAUGGGAGCACGGCUCAGAUAAAGGAGUUGGCUGAUCAGCUAAUCGGGCGAGUCUUGGCACUCAGCCUUCAAAUGUACGGUUGCCGAGUUAUACAGAAGGCCAUAGAAGUUGUUGAUUUAGAUCAGCAGACUAAAAUGGUUGCUGAGCUUGAUGGGCAUGUGAUGCGCUGUGUACGUGAUCAAAAUGGUAACCACGUUAUACAGAAAUGCAUUGAAUGCAUCCCACAGAAUGUCAUCGAGUUCAUUGUUUCAACCUUCUAUGGUCAAGUUGUGGUGCUAUCGACUCAUCCAUAUGGAUGUCGGGUUAUACAGAGGGUGCUGGAGCACUGUGACGAUCCGAAAACCCAUCAAAUAAUGAUGGAUGAGGUCCUCCAGUCUGUUUGCUUGCUUGCUACAGACCAGUAUGGUAACUAUGUUGUCCAGCAUGUUAUGGAACACGGCAAACCCCAUGAGCGAUGUGCUAUCAUUGAGAAGUUGAUUGGGCAGAUUGUACAAAUGAGCCAGCAAAAGUUUGCCUCGAACGUCAUUAUGAAGUGUUUAUCCUUUGGGAAUCCUGUGGAGCGCCAAAUCUUAAUUGGUGAAAUGCUUGGAUCCACGGAGGAAAGUGAACAUCUUGAGGUGAUGAUGAAAGACCAGUUUGCAAACUACGUGGUACAGAAGGUCUGUCCUCCUCCGUCGUGCCCCGCGCCCAUCCUCCGACGCCUAUGUCCUCCACCGCAGCUUCCCAUCCCCCGCCGCCGCCUCCAUCCUCCACCACACCCGCCCCCUCGCUGCGGCCCGCCCCCCUCGCCGUGGCAGCCCUCAUCCGCCAGGGGGUCCCUGUCCUCCGUCGCGGCCCGCCCGCCCGCCUCCUCGCCGAGGCUUCCCCUCGUCCAUGGGGUCCCCAUUCUCCAUCACGGCCCCCUCGCCGCAGUCGUUUUCGUUUGUCGGGUCCUCAUCCGCCGGCACCCUCAUCCAUAG